AUGGAUGAAGACCUCCGUCUCCUCGAGCAGGAAUACUGCCCCACGAUAGACCCCACUCUUCUUUACACGAUAUACUCGGAUUUCGCAGGAGAACCGAACGCAAUCGAUCUUACUAGACAACUACUCGAACCCCUGAAGUUGACGGCCGACGCCGAAGCCCUCGAUUUUGACCCCUCUGGCAGCAGCGGAGGCGCAGUUCAAGGCAGCCCAGACAAACACAGUACCGAUGUCGACUCCAAUGCUGAUUCGUGGACGACGCAAACGGUAGCGACGGACCACUCGACGCUCUCGAACGAGUUCUCUACACUCAGUGUCAACGGACGGUCGGGGGGCUCAGAAGGGUCCCUGGAGGAUGGGUACUACAAGGACAUUGAGCAGUCGGACGUCUCCACAAAAGAGCUGUUGCUUGCCGAAACUUUCCCAGGUCUGCGGCUCGCGCAAGUCACGUACACGCUGAAGAAGUGCGGAUACGAUUAUGAUAAAGCGACGGAUGAACUGUUGAACCAAGUCUUCUUCGAUGACAGUAGGAAAAGCCCUACUGGAGAAGGGCCAGUCGCGAAGGGUAUUGAUGCAUUCUCAGAAGACCAUCUCGUACCGCAAAAGGGCAAGAAAGCUAAGAGCAAGAAGAAGCAGAGACUUUCCUUGGAGGCGGGUACUAGCUACCUCGUCGAAUCGGAUGCGCCAACCAAUCGCUGGCAAAACACGAGUCGAGAUGUAGACUUUAUAACGUCGCGUACAGGCCUUCCAGCGAAGACGGUGUCGUCGCUUUACCACGCGAAUGGAACGUCCGUUUCGGCGACUGUGCUGGCCAUUGUAAAGAAAGAUAUCGCAGCGCACAAGAAAGAGGGUGAACCAGAUGCUGCACUGGUACAGGAUGCGAUCACACUAAAUGAGGGCUUUCCAUCUAUGGAUCUGGAGCACGCCCUUGCCAUAGUGCGACUUACUGCUCCUUCGACGAUAAAAGCCCAGGAGUUAGCGAAAUCCCUUACCCAACAACCUGCUAGCGAGACAGGUGGAAAGGGUGGUAUCAAGCUCGACUUACGGUAUGCUCCUGUCGAUCUAUCUGACCCUUCCGAAGCUACGAGACUCCCUACUUUGACUCCUUCUGUUCGACCGCGCGACGCAAUGUCCACAGCUGCUGCACGAAACGACGCAUUCGGGAAAGCAUCAGGUGCCUACCGCAAGGGCAAGUCGACGCCACUCAUGAGGCAAGCAGCCGCGUACUAUGCACAAGAAGGUCGCGACCUCAACGCCAAUCUGAAAGCGAUGAACGCAGCCGAAGCCGACGCAUUCGUUUCCACGCAAUCUGGUCCAACAUACCUCGAUCUCCAUGGCGUUACUGUCGCCGACGCAACGAGAAUCGCCAAACAACGAACACAAGCUUGGUGGAACGGUCUGGGCGAGCGCAGAGUACCCGAGUGGAGCGGUGCUGGUCGCAGAGGUGGUGGCGAGGCAUACAGGAUCAUCACAGGUUUGGGCCGACACAGCGAGGGCGGAAGGGGAAAGCUGGGACCUGCAGUCUUGAAGACGUUAGUCAACGAAGGAUGGAAAGUAGAAGCAGAGCCUGGUGAGCUGUAUGUCACAGGGCUGGCAAGGAGGAGAUAG